AUGAGCCACCCCAACACAAACUACGAUACCAUGGCCGCGAACACGAAAUACCAGCCUGCUCCGCAGCGCGACUCGUUCGAUGAGGAGGAGGCGGCGGGUUUUGGCCACGCGCCACCCGCCUACGAGGCUGAAGCUGCCACCAACGCCGCCCUGCUUUCUGGCGUCGCGCGUGGCGAAUAUGAUAAUGUGCCGGACGAUUUCAAGUUCGGCGGCAUGGUUGCUGAGGCUACCCUCGACAUUCGUAUGCAGUUCAUCCGCAAGGUCUAUUCUAUCCUAACUGUCCAGCUUCUUGCGACCUGCAUCAUGAGCUCAAUCUCGUUCUUCAGCGUGGGCUACAGGACCUGGAUCCAGGGCCACCAGUCGAUGAUGUGGAUCUCCCUCUUCGGCGCCAUCGGCUUUAUGCUCCUCACUUUCUGGAAGCGCAAGUCCUACCCGACCAACCUGCUGUUUCUCUCCGGCUUCACCCUUUUCGAGGCAUACUCCAUUUCCGUGAUUACCUCCUUCUAUGAAGUUUCGAUUGUUCUCGAAGCUCUCAUCUUUACCUUAGGCAUCUUCGUUGCUCUCACUGUCUUUGCUUGCCAGAGCAAGUACGACUUCACUUCCUGGAUGCCUUACCUGUUCGGCGCCGUCUGGAUUUUGAUCCUCUUCGGUUUCAUGUCGGCUUUCUUCCCUUACGACAAGAAGGUCGACCUGGCCUAUGGUAUUGUUGCUGCCUUGAUCUUCAGCGGCUACAUCCUGGUCGACACCCAGCUGAUCAUGCGCCACUAUCACGUUGAGGAGGAGAUCGCUGCCGCCAUGUCUCUCUACCUUGACAUCAUUAACCUUUUCUUGGCCAUCCUUCGCAUCCUGAACAACCAGAACGACUAG